AUGUUUUAUAUUUCGGAUAACGAGGCCGAUCAUAUCGCAGCAGCUCAAACAAUUGAAGAUAGACGAAAUUUCUUAAUUCAUUUAGCACGUACUGCUAAUUUACCAUUAUUGACAAAACAUUUCGAUGGAAGUAUCCGAUACUGUUUCAAUUGUCGUUGUAUCAAACCGGAUCGUGCGCAUCAUUGUUCUAUAUGUAGAAAAUGUGUUUUGAAAUACGAUCAUCAUUGUCCAUGGACAAACAGUUGUGUGUCAUUUGGAAAUUAUAAAUUUUUUAUUUUAUUUCUCGGUUAUGCACUGAUAUUUUGUAUCUAUGUAGCAGCAACAUCCAUUGAAUAUUUUAUCAAAUUUUGGCAGAAUGUUACAUCGCCUCAGCAGGAUACCUCAUCAUUAUCGACAUCAGGAGCACCAUCAGCUGGAAAAUUUCAUUUAUUAUUUCUAUUUUUUGCUUCGGUUAUGUUUGCUGUUAGUGUAUCAACAUUAUUUUUUUAUCAUUUAUAUUUAAUAUGGAAAAAUCGAACAACUCUAGAAUCAUUCCGAUCACCAAUAUUUAUAGAUGGACCAAAUAAAAAUGGUUUCGAUUUGGGUUAUAAACAAAAUUUUUUUGAAAUAUUUGGCUCUAGCCUAUUAUUAGCAAUAUUACCAGUAACAUCAACUGGUGAUGCUCUUAUACCAAUAGAUUCCAAUACAUCUUACAUUGAUGAUCGUGGAAUCGUUACACAAUCGAAUUAUUCUAAUACUGGUGAUUAUUUAUUAACCAGAUAA